CUCAGAGUUACACAAGAAGCGCGUGCUAAAUUUUCUUCUCUUUGCGCUUUAAGGAUAGGACUCGGGAUAAUGCCUCUCCGUUUUCUCAAAAGAAUGCGUUUGCACAACACUUUUCUAGGAUCCGGUGGCAUAGAAAUUGAAAGAAUCAAAUUUUAGAACUCAUCGGCUAACUAUUUCUUUUUUCAAAACCAAGACCACCUCCUUGCGGGCUGCUGCCGGUGUUAGACUGAUUUCCCCGAGGGCCGCUGCAACCCCUGAUACAGGAAAAGAGAAGUGAAGCACGUCCAUUUCUAUUGGGAUGGCAUUGGUUGUUAUAUGUGGUCAACCAAGUAGUGGGAAGUCAACUGCUGCCAGUUGCCUGGCUGAAGCUCUUAAAGACACAGAAUCAAAGCCUUCUGUCCGGAUUAUUGAUGAAACUGCAUUUCAUCUUAAUCGCAAUCAAAGUUAUGCUAACAUGACUGCUGAGAAGAAUUUGAGGGGGGUACUUAGAUCUGAAGUCGAUAGAUCUGUGUCCAAAGAUACCAUCAUAAUAGUGGAUUCUUUAAACAGCAUAAAGGGUUACAGAUACGAGCUAUGGUGCUUGGCCCGUUCAACAGGAAUUAGAUAUUGUGUGCUCUUCUGUGAUGUUGAGGAGCCCUGCUGUAGAAAAUGGAAUCAAGAGCGCCGGGAGAGAGAAGAACCAUCAUAUGAUGAUAGAAUCAUUGAAGACUUGGUUAGGAGGUUUGAGAAACCAGAUAGAAGAAAUCGGUGGGAUUCGCCAUUGUUCGAGCUAUGGCCCUCUAGAGACGGAAUUCAAAAGUCUUCUGAUGCUAUAGUAGAAGCUGUUUCCUACUUGACAAAAAAGGUUGACUCAAAAACUAGGGAUGUUAAAAUUUUACAGCCAACAAUUGCAACUCAAAAUGCUCGCUCGUCAGAGGCUAAUUCUCUUUAUGAGAUGGACAAGGCUACACAAGAAGUGAUCAACGUCAUAGUAGAAGCCCAGUCCAAAGCACUGGGGGGUCCUAUCAGCAGCGUGUCGCUUGGGGCAGAUUUACCGAACAUCCAUAUAGGAAGAUCAGUUGGAUUACCUGAGUUACGUAGGCUGCGGCGAACUUUCAUAAAAUUAACAGGACAAUCAAGUUUAAGUGGUCCUCCUCCACCUUCCGAUGCUGAUAGUGCAAAGAGGAUGUUUGCGGAUUAUUUGAAUAGAGAGUUAGGUACUUGAUGAAGAAGUAACUGGCAUAUAAUCAAUCUCUUAGACAACUUCAGAAAUGAGCCCGCGUUGGUUAAGUUGUUCCGUGGCGCCCAACAGUAUUUCCCAUUUUCCAUAUAAACAGAGGUCAGAAGAAACCUUCAUAGGUGCGUCUGCUUUAGUUAUUUGUAAUCACGAAGCUGGUUAUUGGGUUUUGCACCCUAGAUAAGUGAAAGCUGCAAGACAGAAGAUCCUGUCAAAAUGAUGUAUUCUUCAGAGUUUCCAAUAGGUUUUCUAUGGAGUGUGACUAUAAAAAUGUGUGCAACAGUUUCUAAGGUUUGGGCUGUAUGAAAGCGAUGCAUGCAUACAUUGGUGUCAUCAUAUUUUGGGAACGGGGAAUGUGAUUUAUUGUGCAACUUCACCUAAUCACCAGGCAUAAUCUUGUACUGUAUUAUUGACUCGUAGCCCCCUUAUUUGUACUUUUCUUUCCCCCA